AUGAUAGAUGCCAUUAGGAGCUUGUUGAUGCUGCAGAUGUGCUUGAGGUAUGAUACGGCGGUGCCUUGGCACACCGAGUUGUGUCCUCUGGCAGAAGAACGUUAUGGUGCAUUGGUGCAGGAAGGUAGGACAUGGUUGCCUAGGAAAGCAUCUGAAUCGGUGUACGAGGUAUUGAGUGAACCUGUUGCUGUGGUUGACUUAUUGAACACAUCCUGCUCAUGCCGAAUGUGGCAAAUUUCCGGCUUCCCAUGUGCUCAUGCUGCAUGCGUUUUAAACAAAGCGAACACGGAAGGAUACAAUUAUGUGGAAGACUACUUUCAUGUUUGGUCAUACAAACAAAGUUAUGCUAAAGCUAUUUUUCCAUUUGCUAGGCCUAUUGCGGAUCCGCCGUUGGCUGUCAUUGGUCCACCUGAGUUCAAGCCGAAACGUGGUAGACCAAAGACGAAAAGAAUUGCUUCUAGGGUGAGAGCGUAG